GAAAACCACCAGUGUGAAAUGUAGACCUAAGCUAGUCAAGCUGUUCCUCCAGUCCCUCCUCAUGGUAAUACAGUUAUGUGGUUGACCCAGUGUUCCUUGGGUGAUUGACAGCCAUCCCUCAACACUUACCUGUCACUAACGACAUGCACACCUGUCGCUACAUCCAUUACUCACCUGAGCUGAACUCUUGAUAGCGUAGCGUAUUCAAGGACCGGUCACAUGAUUCAGGUGUAAGCAAUGGAUGUACUCUCGAUGGAGGAGGCUGCUGGGUCAAGGAGCAUUAUGAAGAAGUGACAGCAGAUUGUCUCUAUUGAUGUGACAUGUCUUGCUGGAGCCGCAUUGAGACUCCUGGUCAUCUUGAGAUGACCCACACUCACAUUUGAAAUGACCAGCUCUUGGACAGCAAAGUCAUUUAGACUGAAUCGAGCUAAGUCCUUCAGUGAGAAGUUAAGCAUACUGAAAAGGGACAAAAAAAUACAAAAUGGACAUCCCGAGGUGCCUGAUGGUGCCGAACUACCAGCACCGUCAUCCGCCACCUCCACACCAUCACACCCGUCGCCAAGGGUGCGGGCCAGUUCUGAGAGUCGGCUGUUCACCCCCAUCACGGAUAAGACAGCACCAACGACGUCUACACCUUCGUCUACUGCCACCAAGAUGUCAAAGAGAGAAUCGCUCAAGGUACAAAAGAAAAAUUAUCGGAGCCAGAAGAAAGCAGCAGCUAAGGAGUUGCUGAGCACGCUCAAAGACCGUUCUGUGAUAGUCCUUGCUGAUUGGCUGAAGGUUCGGGGGACAUUGAAAAGCUGGACCAAAUUGUGGUGUGUCCUCAAGCCAGGGUACCUAGUGCUGUACAAGAGUGAGAAACAAAAGAGCAGCCACUGGAUCGGUACCGUCCUCCUGAACACAUGUCGACACAUCGAGCGACCAUCAAAGAAAGAUGGUUUCUGUUUCAAACUGUACCACCCCCUUGACCAGUCUAUAUGGGCCACAAAGGGUCCCAAAGGGGAGACAAUCGGUGCCUUUGUACAACCUCUUCCCUAUUCCUAUCUGAUAUUCCGAGCGCCAUCUGAGGCUGCAGGCAAGUGUUGGAUGGAUGCGCUAGAGCUUGCUCUCCGAUGCACGAACCUGCUGAUGCGGUCCAUGACAAAGGACCGGGACUUGCAGGCAGCAGAUGCAGAUGUUGACGCAGAUCAUGACACCAUGAUGGCGACUUUUGAGAACGAGACUGAUAACCUCAACGAGAGCGACUGCGAAAAACACUUUGAAGGGCAAGGUCUCGACGAAGACAGUAAGACAGAUCGCGAGGAGGCGAACUGCGAUUCUGAGUCCAGUCAAUCAGAUUAUGAGAACGACAAGACAUUCGAUGAAAGUAUUCACCCACUUGAGAGUCAAUAUGUGGAGAACUUUUCUGAGGAACUUGGACUGCAAGGAGACACUUGCCAAACAGAAGAAGUGAAUGACGAGAAUAAAAGUCUCAUCUGGACACUAGUCAAACAGGUUCGUCCAGGUAUGGACUUGUCAAAGGUGGUGCUGCCGACGUUUAUCCUUGAGCCGAGAUCGUUCCUGGAUAAACUCUCCGACUACUACUACCAUGCUGACCUCCUCUCAGAAGCCGUGCUGCAAGAAGACCCUCUAACCAGAAUGAAGGCUGUUGCCCGAUGGUACCUGUCAGGAUUCUACAAGAAACCCAAAGGAUUAAAGAAACCCUACAACCCGAUAAUCGGAGAGACCUUUCGAUGUUACUGGCAUCAUCCCAAGACAAACAGCCGCACAUUCUACGUCGCAGAACAGAUCUCACACCAUCCUCCCGUGUCAGCCUUCUUCGUCACAAACAGGAGAGACGGCUUCAACAUCAGUGGCAGCAUCCUUGCCAAGUCCAAGUUCUAUGGCAACUCUCUUUCCGCCAUGCUGGACGGAACAGCUAAAUUGACGUUCCUCAAACGAGGGGAGGACUAUUUCAUCACAAUGCCAUAUGCCCAUUGUAAAGGUAUACUGAUCGGCACCCUCACCAUGGAGAUGGGAGGCAAGGUUACCUUAGAUUGCCCAAAGACAGGAUACAGAUGUGAACUGGAAUUCAAACUCAAGCCAUUCCUGGGUAGUGGGGAGGCAUCGAACCGGAUCACAGGAAAGCUGAAGCUUGGGCUGGACACCCUGUACAAUCUGGAGGGACACUGGGACCAGGAGAUAUACAUCAAGGACAAGUCCACAGGGGAACAAGAGUUAUUCUGGAACCCGACUUCUGAGAUCAAGAGCCAGCGUCUGAAGAGAUACACCCUGCCCAUUGAGACACAAGGGGAGAUGGAGUCAGAGAGGUUGUGGAAGAAUGUGAGUGAUGCCGUGGUUACAACUGACAUGCACCGAGCCACGCAGGAGAAGCACUUCCUGGAAGAGCGACAGCGCAAGGAUGCACGAGAACGUAAAGCCAAGUUGCAGGAUUGGAUACCCAAAUUCUUCGAGAGAGACUUGAUAACUGCUGACUGGAUUUACAGACAUAUUGACAUGCGGCCUUGGGACCCAAGCAAUGAUUUAGUGCAAUACGAAAAUGAUUAUAUAAUUCAAACUCACACACGGCAUCGGACCCCUGUAGUUCGGACCAUGAGUAUUACUAGUCUGGAACAGAAACACGAAAAUCCGUUGAUAUUGGCCAAUAUUCCCAGAGUGCAAAGGUCAUCCAUGAGUCGACGAAGGGACGAGAGCGGAAGUUCAACACCAGAUCCUGAACAUCGUCACGAGAGCGAUUCAUCCGAGUGCACAAACACAGGCAGCAGUCUCCACCAGUCUCCCAGCAACGGGAAGGUGCGCAUAUCGGAGGAGAACAUCAGCAAGCUGGUGGAACCACUGCUGCAAGUCCAGCAGGACAUCAACAAGUCCCUGAAGACGCUGCAGCAGCAGAUGUUCAAAGUCCAACAGACGCAGGAGGCUCAGGCUGCCAUCGUAGCACGCAGCACGGGGAGGGAGUGGGUUCUACUGGCCAUCGUUCUGGCCGUUCAGGUCGUGCUGCAGUGGCUGUUCAGGUAGAACCAGGAUCAUAUGUGUUAGGACUAGCUUAAACCGGAUAUAACUCAAGCUGUGAACACUGUGAAACUGGAUUAAUCUGGACUGGAAAGAACAAGAUGAAACUGGGUUAAUCUGGACUGUAAAGACUCAUGCUGUGAGCACUGGAUUAAUCUGGACUGUAUAGAACUAAAUGAAACUGGAUUAAUCUGGACUGGAAAGAACAAGAUGAAACUGGAUUAAUCUGGACUGUAUAGAACUAGAUAAAACUGGGUUAAUCUGGACUGUAGAAGACUCUUGGUGUGAGAACUGCAUGAAACU